ACCGGGAUCUCGUGUGUUUGGCUCAACGUGAAUACAACUUUUAAGGUUGUAAACAAUCGCCUUUGUUUUCCUCCUUCAAACACCAACCAACUCCUCUUUAUUAUCACCGCGGCUCCAGACGUGAAGAUGUUCAACAGACAGACGAGCCUGUGGAUGGGGGACUUGGACCCAUACAUGGAUGAGGACUUCAUCAAGCAGGCCUUUAGUGCCAUGGGAGAGACGCCAUUUGGAGUCAAGAUCAUUACUCACAGGAUAACAGGUGGUUCUGCAGGAUACUGCUUUGUGGAGCUGGCAGACGAGUCAAGUGUUGACCGCUCCGUUCAAAGACUUAAUGGAAAACUGGUUCCAGGAUCAAAUCCGCCCCGGAAGUUUAAGUUAAACUAUGCCACCUACGGGAAACGGCCAGAGGCAGGGCCAGAGUUUUCAGUGUUUGUAGGCGACUUGGCCUCUGAGGUGGACGACUUCCAGCUACACCAAGUUUUUAAGAAGUAUACUUCCUGCAAAGGAGCCAAAGUCGUCACCGACCAGUACGGAUACUCCAGAGGUUACGGUUUCGUCAAGUUCGGGGAGGAGACCGAGCAGAAGAAGGCGAUUGAGGAGUGCCAGGGAACAAUGCUCGGUGGAAAGCCGCUCAGACUCAGUAUUGCUGUGGCAAAGAGCCAGAAGAUGAGCAGCUACCACGGGGGCCAGGGCCAGAAUUACCACAGCAACUACAACCCGUCUCAGUCCAAUUACUACGGCAACCAAAGCGGCGGGGGUCAGGGGGGUUACUACCCUCAGUGGGGGGGCUACGAUCAGUACAGUGGCUAUAACAACAGUGGCUAUAACAGUGGAUACAACAGUGGCUACAACUACAACUAUGGGCCCUAUGGAUACCCUCCACCAGGCCAAAUGAUGCCACCUCCUCCCACGGGGAUGCCACCCGCGUCCACAGAAACCUCAGGAGCCGUAGAGAGCCAUGAGGAGACUGAGGAUUUAGAGGAGGAUAAUGCAGAAGACCCCACCUCUGCCUGUGACGUGGACCAGUGGAACAAAGACUUCACGCAGCGCAGCGAGGAGCUGUACGACGCCAUGAUGGACUGUCAAUGGGAAACUCUGGACUCUGUUGACUCCACCAUCACCUUCCUUCCUUGAUACCUUCUUUAUUGUCUCCUCGGAUUCUCCCAAACCCUUGAAUACUUUUCUUUUUCUACACCCUUAUAGUCUUGAUCUAAAGCUACACUGACGCCUUAUAAAGGCCACUUUAGAUUUAAAUGUACCUCUUCAGAUCCUUAAAGUGCAUCAACCUUCACUAGAUUUGAAUGUUUACCAUGUUGGUAAUAUACAGAAGGUAGCUCAAUAAUCAGAGAGGUUACUGUGUGGUCCACACCAUUCAGUUUGAAUUUCAUGCGUUGCGUCCUUUGUGUUAUAAAGUGUUUCAUCAAGGCACCCACCCAGUUAAAGGUUUUACUAGCGGCCUGCUAGGAAAACUCCAGAGAUUGUCCGGAGCCUCUGGCUGGGACAUUAUGUCACCAUUUAAUGUCACAGAGGAAUAAAUGCAACUUGUCACUUAUUGUUGUGGAUCCAUGUUGAAAUGGUCUCACCAGCAGAUGUUAAAUUUGCUCAGUGAAUAUGGCCCAAGCUCCUUAGGUAGUAAAUAAAAAUGGAGAAGGAGAGGAGGAAGACGAAAGAACCCACAAAGAUGCAGGUCCAGCCCCAGCCCGAGCGCAGGAACACCCUGUGGAGAAGGAAGAGAAGAGGGUUUUUAGAAGUAGAGUUGAUGCCUUUAUUGUCAUUUGCCAUGAACUACAAAUGAUUUUUAAACAUGUCCGUCUGUCUUGUUUUGUUUUUUUUAAUGAAGUCCUGGGCUUGUGAAUUUUUACAUUUUCUCAGAUUUAAUGAACAUUAUCUGGGUCAAGUUGUUGAAAACAUUGACACAUGUUGAUAUUGAGUUUACCAAACCGGUAUCAAACCGAAGUAUAAUUUAUGACUGUUUUUCCAGAGAAGGAACUUUCUUUUCUGUGUAACAGAUGAAUGGUACAACUUCCCAAAUCUUCUAAGCGCUGUAAAACUGUGUCAUGAUUAUGUGAGUUAGACAGUUGAUUUGCUGUAGCAGAUGUUUUGUAUGUUUUCUUUGUGAAGACAGUCUAUGGGGAAAAAAGGAGGCAAUGGUUUUGUGUCUUCUUUUUUUUAGAGAAGUAAAGACUAAUGUGUUUCUCUUGA